AUGCACACCAUGCACGUCGGGCGCGGGGGCGACGUUUUCGGGGACACCUCCUUCCUCAGCAACCACGGCGGCAGGGAGCCCGAGCCCGACCCCAAAUCCGGGGGCUUCUUCUCCAGGACAUUCCGGCAGGUCAGGAAGCCCAACUCCGGUUCUCGUGCCAGGGGGGGCUCCAGGGAGCUCUCCCCCUCCCCGCCGGCCGUCUCCCCUAUCAUCAAGAACGCAGUCUCUCUGCCUCAGCUUGCCGGCACUCCCAACGGCAGCCUGCGGAGGGCGCUGUUCCAGAGCACCCCGGCCAGCCCGCAGGACGCCAGCCACUCCUACGGUGUCGAAUCCGGGUUCUGUACCUUACCGCGCCUCUCUCGCUUGGAAAAACAGCCUGGGGAGAAUUCCGACUAUCCCGACACGGAAUUCCAAGACAGCCGGCGCUCCUGCACCCCUCCGGACCCCGGCACCCCUCCGGAUCAUCAGGAGGACGACUCCCUCCUGCAGCGCUCCGACUCCAUGACGUCCUUCAAGUUGGACUUGGGCCCCUCUCUGAUGAGCGAGGUCAUGGGGCUCUUUGGGGGCCCCUGCGACAUUUUCGGGGCCAACCAGAGCUCGGAAGGCUCCACGUCACCGGGCAGACGCGACUCCCCGGUUUCCAGCCCGGCCCGUUUAAGAGGGACGGAACCCUGGGACGCCCCUUUAAGAGCGGAAUGCUCGGCUUGGCAAAACUGCGACGCCCACUCCGAGGAGGAGGAGGAGGAGGAGGAUCUUAAAAGGGUAACGCCAGAAGAGGCGGGCCACACCGGAAAGGACCCUGCUAUGGAAGCCGAGAGAUUUCAGAAGGCGGCCAGCGUGCUGUCCCGCCACUACGGGGGUCCCGGUCCCUCAAAAGCGGACCCUGAGGACAGCGACGAGGAAAGCGACGUAGAUUUGGAGACGACCCCAUCGCCAAAGAGACCUCCAUUUGCUUACCCAGAAGAGUCUGAAAUUAAAGUUUAAGAUCUCUAUAUAUGUACAUAUAUAGUGUUGGACAAACGCUGGGGGGGGGGGGGGGGAGCACACUGAGGAAAAAUAGACAGUGGGGACAGAUCUAGAUCACCAUUUCUUCCCACACAGCAAAAGGCAACAUUUCUACCACAGAAACACAGCAAACGAAAAAGCAACUACUGACAGCGAUGUGUUUAACUUCAUUUCAACUCUAAAUAUUCCGGACUGCGCUGCUAACUAAAAGAGAUACUGCCUUCUUGGACAGAAGGCAAGACGAAAUCUUACAACUCCGCAUUCAGCAUCGCUGGAAGCGACGACACAAGCAAUAAAUCUGAAACCAUCUCUGCGAUCGAGAGAUUACCGUGGAGCUGAAAUGACUGAUUCAGAUUCUCACUACAGCUCCAAAGGGAAUAAUGAAUUCUAGGCUAGAUCUAUACGCAAUUAUUACAGUUUACAGAACAGCUAAGGGAAUUAUGAUAA